GCGUUAACCGAUUGUGAAUCGUUCAGUCAAUCGCCAUAUUGAUUUUAGACGAAAAAUCUCAAGCAGCCACAUUGGAUCGUGACAUUUAGUUGAACUAAAUAGAAUAAAUUUUCUCAGCUCUUUCGGAGACCUCAAGGAAUUUUUAAAAAACGUUUCCAUGAAUAGGACACAACUAUAACACGCUGAGCCUGCAAAUAUAUAAUAUUCAACAGAGAAUUCACAACUAUAACUACAACAGCAUUUGCACUGCAUAACAAAGCCGGAUAAAGUAACUUUGGAACGAAGCAUUUGCCAACCAAACACACGGUAGUGAACGCUUGGUGCUUCGCAAAAGUGGAAGAAUACAGUAAGAGCGAACAUUUUGAAUUACAGAUAUAAACAUCACAUCCAACGGCCGACAAAGUAAAAAGCUAAAAUGUCUUCUAUGAGUCACCGACAGAAACGUGAUGUUGGAUAUGAACACGAUACGCGGAGGGAAGAACGAAAAAGACGUAGCCGCUCCAGUAGUCGUUCGCGUCAUCGUCGCUACCAUGACAGUCGCUCAUACAGCCGCAGUCGUAGUCGUUCCAUAGACUACCGAAAGCGUCGUAACGACAGACGUUCACGUAGUCGUAGUCGCAGUAAGAGUUAUAGUCGUCGCGAUAGACACAACUCUAGUCGACGCUAUAGAGAUUCGCGUAGUCGUAGCCAUUCUCAUACACGUUCACAUCGUAGUAGCAAAAGGGAUUCACGCUCACGCAGCCCAGACAAGCGCUCACGCAAUAUCGCCGAUGCUGAUCGGAGGCAAUAUGAUAAUGGAGCUAAGCAUUCUACGAGUAAUUCUGCGGAAAGCAGCCGUUCUAAAGCAACAGAUUUUGACAUGCAAAAUACUGAUUUGCAACAUUUACCAUUACCUAAGCGUGAACCCAUCGGCGCAUAUUACAAUCUCGAUGCAGAUGAACCAAUAGAUAAAGAGCGUAUACAUCGUGAAAUGGAAGAGAAGUUACGUCAGGCACUUGCUAAGGAAGGCAAGGUGUAUCCACCAAAAAAACCGGAGGCUUCACAUCCAGUAUUUGCAAAUGAUGGCUCGUUUUUGGAAAUUUUCAAAAAAAUGCAAGCCCAACAACAACAUGUACCAAUUGCUACUGCGCCUGCCAUUAUAGCGCCCAUCGUCGCGGCUCCUGUAUUAGCGUCUACCUCAAAUGCCGCCACAACAACUGGCAAAGUUGCACCACCACCGCCGAUGGUUGGACGUCGACGAGGCGGAAAGAUACUCAAAACCGGUGUGGUGGCCAAGCCAAAAGCUCAAGCUGAACAAAGUGAUGAUCCGAAAGACUUUUGGUCUUUAUACUUGGCCGAAGUUAACAAAUAUAAAAAUCAUGCUUGUGAUUCCGACGGCGGCACACGGCCACUGGUUAAGUGAACCUAAAUCGGCGUUAAAUAGAACUUGAGUGACAUAAAGAAUACUUCGAGUUUUCCACUAAUAUGACAUGAAUUCUGUGCAUAAACCUUAUAUACCAAUAUAUAUACAUAUAUAGACAUAAAUGAUAGGAGUUUAUUUUAAAUUGAAUUACGAAUCAAUUCCACUUCUUCAAGUAUCCUGUGAAUAAUUUUCAUUUUAAAGCUAAAAGUAGUUGUAAGUUUUUAUUUCAUUUGUAGGUUAAGUGGGUAUUAUCUUGGUGUAAUAGAAAGAAAUAACUGCAUGCACAUUACCAACAACAAAUGAGUUUUGGAAAGCAAACAUUUAUUACUUUCUAUUACGUCAUGUUUAUAUGUAUAAACAACGUACAUGGAUUUUAUUGUUGUGUUAAUUUAUGAGUACGUUUAAGUUCCAUUUUAGUUUCCUUCUUUUUACUAAUUUGCUUAGCAUUCUUUCAUAUCAUUUUAACAUUUCUCAACUAAUUUUCUAUCAUCAACUAACAUUCAUGCAUUAUU